GAGAGAGACGAGCAGGUAGUUCAGACACCCUCCCCUCAGCUCUGCCUGCGCAGCUCAGCUCCACAGCCCACGUCUACCUGCCUCCAUGCCUGUCAGUAGGAAGUUCUCUCCUCCGCUCUACACGGAUCCAGUCCCCCCCUUAUCACUCCUUUUUCUAAACAAAGCCACCAACACAAUGGUGCUAGGAGGUUGUGACUGGGGUUCCCCAGACCUCAAACCUGGGAUGAGGCCCAAAGCAAAAGCUCAGAGGAGAGCUCGAUCUCCCAGGGCUCUGGAUCCAGGGGACAAAGAGAGAGGAGGAGGAGAGGAGGCGAGAGGGGCCGCCAACAGGGCCAGGAAGAAGGGCUUCAAGCCUCCAGACGUGAGGACCAUUUUUGAAGAAUGUGUUCAGGACCCCCGGGUUAUAGAGGAGAAAGGGGAAGGACACAUGUUUACUUUGGAGUGCAUGUCUUUGGAAUUGUGUGAUGUGUGCUGUAGAUUGAUCUUCCAGGAUGGUCUGGUGUGUACAGGACAGCGUCUGAUGGACUUCCAUCAGCUGGGCUGGAGCUAAGGAGAAAGCCAG